CCCAACCUCCGCCAUCCCAAGCAUGCACGUCUCCUCCAUUUCUUGGGUCUUCUCCUUUUUCUGCACCUGAGCAGAGCUUACACCAAUACGUGUUUCCUCGCUUUGGUGGUUCCUCUGUUUGAAUCGGUCAGUGCUGCCGAUCCUAACUUCGCACAGAUGGAGGGGACCGUGUUCACGCCCUCGCUUGAAGGAAUGAAGCACGUCAAGUCAGAGAGCGGGGUGAUCCUAACCAAGCCGUUCCUUGAUGUAUGCAAGCACAUUCUCCCUGUGCUAGAGAAAUUUGGAUCAGCCAUGUCUAUUGUGAAGACUGACAUUGGAGGUAAUAUCACGAGGUUGGAGAACAAAUAUUCAUCUGAUCCUUCAAAGUAUGAGCAGCUGCACAACAUGGUGAAAGUAGAAGUUAGCGCUAAGACAGCGGAAAGUUCUAGCAGUUGUGCCAAUGGCCUUCUCUGGUUGACAAGAGCCAUGGACUUCUUGGUUGCGCUGUUCCAUAAUUUGGUAAAGCACCCAGAUUGGCAGAUGUCACAAGUUUGCAGUGAUGCAUAUGCCAAGACACUGAAGAAAUGGCAUGGUUGGCUGGCGAGUUCGAGCUUUUCGGUUGCCACAAAGCUUGCACCAGACAGGAAGAAGUUCACGGAGAUCAUCAGAGGCUCAGGCGAUAUCAAUGCAGACAUUGAGAAAUUCUGCACGACAUUUGCCCCUUUGCUGGCAGAAAACCACAAGUUUCUGGCUAGUGUGGGCAUGGAUGAUCUUAAGGCAUCUUGAACACUCCGUUGAUCAUACAACACUUCUGUUCCAAGUUUAUGCAGAAAUGAGCGAUCGUUUUCGUUCUUAAAUUUGGUGAGCAAUGAGUUUGUGCUCUCUUUACAUGUAAUAUGUGUUAUCCCUUGCUGUAUUUGUACCAUAAAGAGUUGUAUACCACUAUACCAUAAACUCAAGGACAAUUAGAAUUUCUAUCUGAUGACAUGACUUUCUUUUGUACGCCAAUUCCACUCCAACAUCUUGUACAACAUGCAGCUACUGGACAACACCCAAAUCCAUUCUGAUGAAUGGCUGAUGAAUGCAAGGCCUUAAUUAUACUGCUUUGAACCCCAACAUCUUGUACAACAUGUAUUCUACCUUUGUACUUGAGUAUGUAUGCAUGUAGUGAGGAAGGGUUAGGCACAACAAAGAAUUGUGUUGUCAUUUGCUGACAAUGUUGAUCAGUAACAUUACUCUUCAGAAUUUCAAAA